UCUUUUUAGCGCCUAAGACCUGAGAUGGCCUCAAAGACCACAGGGCCACACGUUUUUGCCUUUACUUUAAAGUCUCUAUUUCAUUUCUCAGGAGACUAUAGCAGGUUUCUUCACUCAAAUUCUGCCUCAGCCUAGACCAGCCACAUGACUUCAUUUAUAUAGACCAAACCUAGAGUCCCUUGAGCGCUACACAGCCGGAAGUGAUCUUCUAGACCAAAAACAGAACAUCAGUACUGAAAACGGCCGGGUUGGCUCCGGCCAGAAUUUGGGCAAUAAUCAAAUAAUGAGAGGCAAAGCAAAGCUAAAGAAGACAACCCUUUCUAAGCAAUCUCAACACAAAGAACCCCUACUUCCUAUAGCCCUGCUUGACCUAGAGAAUACACUUAGAACAGAAAUGCAUGAAUUAGUCUUCCCUCUGAAGGAGAAGCUGACCCAAUAUGAGAGUAACCUAAAAGACAUCCAUGGGCUAGUGCCUAAGGAACAGAAGUUAGACCUCGCAUGAUCAAUCAAAGGGCUUUACGAUCUUAGUAAUUAAAACUCAGCAUCAUAACGAAAAGAUUAUGUCAAUCUUCAAAACUUUAGAUGGAUUGAAGUCGAUCGCUCCUGGGCUAGAAAAACUGAAUAAUGAGAUUCAAAGAAUAGAUACUAAGUUUACCGAAGAGUUUUAUAAGUAACAAAUUAAACCUCGAUACCAUUAAAGGAAAAGUCAAGAACCUUGAAGGAGAAAUGAAAUAUCUCUCCCAAUCAUCUGGGAGUCAAAAUAGCAGAAUUGAUUCCUUCCAGGCAUUCCUAGAGGCUAUCAAGGAACAACUUGCUAACACUCAGCUCACUCAUAAAGUAGAGCUUGACCAAAGGAUAUACACUCUCAAAAACCAAUUCUUCGAAGUGGAUAAAUAAAGUAACCGAAAACGAUUCCAGGAUGGAAAUGUUCCAAACACAGUUCGAAAACUACUCUCUCCUAGUAAAGAAACAAAAUUUCGAUCCAAAAAUAAAGCUCCUCAGAGCAGACCUCGAAGAGCUCGACCAAGAUAAAGCAGAUGUCAAUGAAUUCAAGAAAUUUAGCCAUUUUUGAAAACGGGAAAUUCAAAACCUAAAUUUUCGUAACAAAAAUCAAGAGAGGAUCAUUAAGGAUAUCUCAACAGAGAUAUUCGACCAGAAAAUUGAGAAGCUUGCUUCUGACGUCAAGCACAAACGGAUACCGAAAGAUACACCCAUUCAUGACCUAUUCGUUGUGAAUAAAAUGGAGAGGAAGACAAGCUCAAAGAAGAUCAGGAAAUUCAAAACCAAGAAGAAGACGACAAUCAGUCGGCAAUCUAGACGUGAGAAUCAAGAAAAUAGCUCUAAACUGCUUGAUUCCAUCUUGAAACAAAUCAGCAUGGAUUCUCAGUUGAAGAGUAAAACACAGCACGUCAAAGAUAUCAAGAAGAGAAUAUAAAGAUGCAAAGCCCCUCAAGCAAAAAUAAGAAUUUAAACACCAACUUAAAAUAACAGAGAUCUUAAUUUUACACUCUCUUCACAAAAGAUCUCCCUGAGUCCUAAUUUAUCUCGAGAAAUGGAGCAUGAAGGAGGAGAAUCUGAGAAUAGUGAAACCUCUAAGUCUCAAGACUCUUCUGUUGGAGAGCUUCCUCCUGAGUUAAAGAAAGUUAGUAUGAGAAGUCCCAGACCUCCUUCAAAACUUGUCCAAAGGGCAACUAUAACGAUUGCCGUGCCGAAAUUGAACAGCAAUCCAAUGAAAUCAUUUGAUGAAGCUAUUCCACCUAAAAACUUUAGUGAGAGGUUGAGUGGUGAAGAUUCUCAGCUUAAUUUGCCAAAAGGGAGUUUCAACAGCGUGAAUAGCUCAAACACCCCAGUUCCUCUUACAAGAUUGAUCGACCCUAAAUUGCGGGCAUUUAGCAGCAAAAACACUCUACUCAAGCUAGGAAAUGGACAAAAUGUAAGGAAAAGCUACAUGGCUAGAAGCCGAAGGAUUUCCAAAUAAAAGAGACUCCAAGAGGCCAAGCCAGUUCUGAAUACCAGAUAAUUUAAUCAAAUCUCAAAAUAACGAAGAGGUAUCUGAAGAUUUCACCGAAGAAUAUACUGGAGAUCUGGUCGCACUCGAGGACCUCGAUCCUGAAGUCCUUGAGAGGAUUAAUCAAUUAGACCUCAAAAUAGCAGAGCUAGAUAAAGUCUUCACGACUAAGUAUUCGGAGAUAGUGAAGUACACAAGGGACCAGUUUAGAGACCUUAAGCUUCAAUGUGUACAAUCUGACCAUAAGAUUGAUAAAAUUCGAGAAGAGACAAAAAAAAGGGUUUUUGAAGAUUCUCGAAACAAGCAGAGAGACCUUGCUGAUCUUUAUUACUCUGUCGAAAAACUAAACGACAACAGGACCAAUGACUUGUACAUGAUUCGUAAGAAAGUUAUCGAAGAGCUCCAGAGCCUGAAAUCUUGCUUCAAAGUCAUCGUACAGGACAUUAAAAUUCAACAUGAGUACCAAUCUCAAGCCUGCAUCCUCCCCCAAAUGGCACCCAAGCUGGGGUCCAAGCCGGGUUCUAAUACAGCCUCUCUUAGGAGCACCUCUCCGAGCCCUUACACGCCUGGGUGCAUGACCACCUCGGAGAUGCUGACUAAAAGACAAGCCCUGCUCUCUACUCUUCCUGAGGAUUACACCUCUGCACAAACCACCAUUGAACAAAUAUUCCAAAAAUUAUCAAAUCCUCACACAAAACCCUCAGUAACAAGAAACAAGAGAACUGGCCACAUUUUAAAAUGGAAAUCAGAAGAACCCAAGAGGAAAGAAACACGCAAGGUUGUGUUCAAUACCACCAUUCCUAAAAUCGAGAUUGGACAUCUCAAUUAGA